GCCAAUAAUAAAGAAAACAACAUGAAGUGAAAAAUAAGAGCCCCAAACUUAUACAAAUGUGAACUAAAACGAAAUCGGCUAAGAGUUUAAAUUGUUGAAGUCGGUCUGAAACAAUUAACUGCUUGAUGUCUCUUGGAAUUCCCCUGACUUUGGACUCCGUGACUCCACUUUUUUGUUGAACUGAGCUGACCAAGUUGGGCGGUGGGGCUAUCACGACAUUAGCCAAGGAUUUCUCCGGCACUGCCACUUAAAAGUCCCCCCUCAAAUGUUAAAACGUGUGUGUUUGCCGAGAGUUAGUGCCUGUGUCUACUAUAGCCUGAUGUUGCAACAGUGCCCCAGGUGGCAGGGCAGGAGUCCGUGUACUGGGGCUCUGUCUCAGCCCAAGUGUUGUUGACUCCUUGCCGCUGCACAAGGCAACGCGGAAUUUGUUGCGGUUUUGACCCUAUUCCAAAGCCAAGGAAAAGUGCAGUGUACUCGGCUUGAGGUUAUACCAAGACAAGUGCAGUGGAGCCUUCUACAAGUGGAUAAAAAAUUGUGUUGGGUUUUAAAAUACUAUUUUUCAAAUUAGUUUUGAAAACAUAAAUUGUAUAACUCGCUACACAAGUUAGAAAACGCAAAUUGGCAGUUGGAAAGGAAGUUCUUUUGAAAACUUCAGUGCCCGAAACAUUUUCAAAAACCACUUCAUUUACUAGAGAUACCAGUAGUUUCAAUAUCAUUUAAUAACCAGAGAAUAAUAAUGAUCUAAGUGGCUCAUAUCACUCCUAAUACUUGGCCAUAAACUAUAACUACAUGAUUGUUCAGCCAAGCGAAGUCCAGACUCAAGAAAUUGGUUAAUUAAUGGUUACCAUUCUAAUCCCAGACUCGUAAUUUGAAAGGCAAGUGUUCGCCUGAGUGAGUCUUGCCUGUACUAUCUCCCACCUGAAGACCCGAGUGCAUUCCGGAGGAGGGAGUCUAAGGUGCGUGUUGUCUGAUCGAACUAUCGGGAGGCAUCCCAAAGCCCCGAAAAAUAUGAAUAAUGAGUGUGUUUGGAAGUGAGUGGUGCGAGUGCUGGAACAGCGAACAUCGCGUGCCACAGACAUACCAACAGGUGUCACAGCCUGCCAGGGGAAACAAUCAAAAGUUGUCUAAGAGGAGGCACCGCCAGAACAAGAAGCAGAGAUGAAACAAAACAUGCAAACAAAACUAAUGCAGCCGCCUCGUAUAAUUCGCGCGGCGAAAAGCGCCCCAAUCACGGCGAAUUCGGACCCACCUGAGUGGGGUUUUCUUUUUCGGUUUUCAGUUUUUUUCUUAGCGGGUCUGCGUGUGGCAAGGUGCUAUAUCGGUGUGUGUGCCUGGGGUGUUUGGUGCUGGUGUUUCGGAUUUGAAGUGUAGGCAAUAUUUCUUUUGAAGGCCUCCUUUUGCUCACUUGCCGCUCGGUGGCGGCCAUCAGUUCCAGUUAGGCACCGGCCACGUUCCCAUUGCCCGCUCCGCGCUACCAGUUUUUUGUUUUGCGGCUUUUCGGCAAAUGCAUUUAUUUUUGGGGGAACUAAAGUACAAAACUUUAAAAUUGAAUUUCAAAGGAAAGUGAAUUAUAUAAUAGCAGCCUUCCAGUUGAAAAAUGUGUAUGUGUGGAGCAUGAGGCUUUGCGACAAUUUGAUUUAUUUUCGGUUUUGACAACGGUAACUUUUUAAAGUUCGACCUCGAAAAAGCCGUUAUUAAAGUGUGACCAAGCUUUAAUGAGAUGCAAGAAAACUGCGUGUAAUGCGGCAAAGUGUUUGUAAAAAACAUAAAAUCCAAAAAAGAAUGAAAGCAAUUCGCAAAUUACCUUAGGGAGGCGGCCAACACCGCACGCGUCAUGGCCGCAACACGCCGGCCAAGUCACUUCCUGUGCCCCAAAAUGUGUGUCACCGAAAUUCGAGUGGCGGCGGGUCCCAUAAAAUGUAGGUUAAAUAUUAGGCAGAGGAAAAUCAAUGCGAACAAAAGGGAACUCGGGGUGCCCCAUUCACACUUCCCAGUCCCCAGCUAGCCAGCUCCCCAUCAGGAGCUACGUCAUUCCGCAGAAAUAUCUGCGUACCGGGCCGAGCUCCAAGCGGUCGAGGGGGACCAGGUGAUAGUCUCACCUGGCUGGCUACCACACUUGAAACUUGAAACUCAUCAGCUUCUCGGGUCGUUCGACUUCAAGUGCAAUCACUAAUGCGGCAAUUUGCAACAUGCAAUCGCAAUCCCCGGCGCAGCCAAGUCAUCCAAUCCAAUCCGAUCCCCUCCAGCUCCACCUGCCAAGUUUCUGCUCUCGUUAGCGCCAAGACAGCGUUUUGGGAGCUGCAAUUCGGAUACGGAUUUAUGUGCAGGCGCAUUCCAUUCCAGUCCGAUUGGGGCGGGUUUAUCAGCCCCGCACACGCAGCUAUUUAUAGGCGCGGAAUGGCAUUAGAAACUAUAGCCGAGCAGUAAUAAUUACUCUUUUUAUAUUUUCGCCAUAACCAGUGAUGGCCGAUUGCCGGAUAAUAGUGAUUUUGGUCUUUAUUGCUCCAAUUCGAAAAGAUUUUGUUGUCCGGAGAGUUUAAAAUCCUGCUUUCCAAUAGUCAUUUCAAUUAAAAAUUGAAAGUAAGACCCUGAAGGGAUUUUCCCAUCACUGCGAAUUGAAACCAGCGGCCUAGUUAACUCCUGUUUUCGGUCUUUGGAUUUCCGUUCAGCCUUCUUCCAUAGUAAUCCGUAGUCAGCGGUACGUAUUCCGUACUCCGGCGGCGAAGGCGUCGCGUGUACGUCCGUCUCUGACAUUGCAAGGGCCGGAAGGUCUCGCUGCUCUGUCUGUAGAACUCAAAAGAUGUGUGUUAGUGAGUGAUUUUUAAAUACAUUCUGUUGCUUCGAAUAAACAGCUCCUGGCGUCAUUGGUUUUGUGGCACUUAAACUGAGCCGAAGGACAAACACGUAGAACGGGCAUAUCCUGCGUGCCGCCCUCGGAUUGAUUUUCGUCGAAAGAAUAAAGCUAAACAACUAAACUUAAAAUGGAUAGUAAAUCGUAGUAAACGCAUGAGGGCCGGAAAUGACAAACCAUGCAGCAGACCCUCUCGUACUCAUCUUCAUCGCCAUCCCCAUCCCCGAUGCCCACGCCAGGAGCGGCAGCUGCUCCGCCCCAUCCCGAUCCAAGCCAGAAACCGACGACGCCGAAGCCGAAACCCCGUCCCAGGUCCACUGCGGGCAUCAACAGCUUCCAACCGGCCGUUAUUCCGGUUGACUACAGUUACAGCACCCACAGCCACAGCCACGCCCACACCCGCUCCAUACUCUCCGCCCACUCGAUGGCUCCCUCGACAUUCGCCUCCAACCAGAGCUUUGUCCGGCAACCCUCCGAGUCAGAUGGCCAGCCGUACAGCAGCCUGUUUGGGGAUCCGGUGCCACCACCCCUUCAGGCGGACGAGUACUUUGGCACUGCCGCCUUCGAGGCCCUUAGGAGCGGAUCCGUAGACCUGCCCAGUUCGGAGGAGGAUGCCCUGGUGGCCGCCGUGGCCCUGAAUGCCUUGCUACCCGCUGCCAGGGAGCGAAUCUUUCCCAGUGUUCCAUACUCCAGGAGUCCGCGGAGAUCGCUCCUGCCCCACCUUCAGCCCCCCGACAUCCAGAUACUGCCCAAUUCCAGUGGUGGUUCCAGUUCCGAGCACCUGGGCUCGCCCAAUUAUUGUCUCCUGGCUCCGGACGACAUUCUCAAUAAGCCGGACAUGUACGAUCUGGAGAAUGCUAGUGAGGAGUACACCACAGUGGGUCCUCGCUUGUCCUUUGGCAACGAAGACGAGGAGGAUGUGGACGUGGAACCAGCCAGGACUCCGAGUCAGAUGGCCGCCAAGUUGAGUGUUUCCAGCAUCAACACGGAGGAUCACAGGGGCCUGCUCAGCGACACCUACUCUGGCCGGGAUUGGUUUCGUCCGGCGCCUCAGCACUUCCCAGAAUUCACAAGAAUUCCUCGCCUGCGGCCGAGUUCCAAGAAUAUUAUGUCCAUGAAACAGGACGAAGGACCGCUCUCGCCCCUUGCCACCAUGAUCCAGGACAUGAACAGCUCCAGCAGUGGUGGCGAGGAGCGCGGAUCAGAGGCCAAGGACAACGGGAGAUCGGAGGUAGCCAGGGACGUUGUACUCUCACCGAAGCAGUAUCUAGAAGAGCAGUUACUUCUGGACUUAGGCUCCCGACAAAGAGGACUCCAGGACUAUGACAUGCCACCACCGCCAGCUGCACCGCCUCCUUAUGGCAGGACUUCCCUAACGGAGGAGCCCGAAGAUGACCAAAGCAUAGGUCGUGCCUCCAGUUUGAAGCGGGAAAUGUCACCGGUUAUCAUCAGGGAUUCCAUACCCAUGGGUGGGGAUUAUAGAGUGGACCAGCCACGGCCCCACAAGAAGACUGCUUUCACCAUCCUCUCCCCGGGCCAGGCGAUGGUUCCGGCAGCUCCACCACAUCCUCGAAGAACUAGCCAGUCCACCACGCCUAGCAAACGACACGCCUCCAUGCAGUCGACAUCUACGACUACCUCAUCGCUGCUGGCGCGGAUCAGUCCCAGGCGGAGAUCGAUUUUUGGCUCCGAUCCGCGACUGCCGGAGCUGCCAAGCCACCUGACCACGGACGACUCCCCCCGACCUUCGGUCCAGUUCAACAUGAGCGGCCGUUACAGCAAACUGGCCACUCCGCAGAAGGGCAUCCUCCAGCAAAGGGACUCGCUGACCUCCUCUAUUGACACCUUUACGCCCAGAGAUCUGAGGAGACGGGGCUCCGUGGGCAGAAGUCCCACACGGGGUCAGGGGCUGGCUUAUGGCCAAAAGAUCAAGAGCCUGGAGUCGCUCCCAGUGAUCACGGAUCCCUAUCGCAGCAGCUCCAUACCCCGUCUACAUUAUGGCUCCAACGUGGAUCUAGAUGUGGGUAAAGAGCCUGCUGUUUUUCCUCCCGGAGCACUGCCGCGUCCACUGAAGCCAAAUCUGAAUCCCACGCGAAGGCAGCGGGGCCUCCUGCGAAUCAUCAACAAGGAGGAGCCCCUGUCCACCCACCCGCCGCGUUCCAACUGGACCAGCUUGGACGAUCUAAGCCGACCCACUGCCCACUUCCAGGUGAGGCGCCGCUCCAGCUCCACAUCCCCGGAAAGGCGCAGCUCCACCCAGACGGCCUCGGAUCGGAGGAGUUCGAAUCUCAGCACCGUUACCACCUCGGACUUUAGUUUCCGUCGACCCUCCUCUCUGGCCGCCACAUUGCCAGGAUCUCGGAUGCGUCGCAAGUCAGUUCAGGCUCCGAGCCCCAAUAGGAUACCCAACCGGAUACCCAGCUUCAGUCCCCGCCGUCAGUCCAUCUUCCAGAGAGAUUCAAAGCCACAGAGCCGGCACGGGAAGAUUGCCAAGCCCAGUACACUGUCUCCCAUCAUUGGAACACCCAAUAAGGACAGUAGCUCGGCCCAGAGUCCCACGCACCGAUCAUCUCUGCGGGGAGGAGAUCGUCUGAGUAUUGACACUCCCUCGGAGGUUUCCACAGGGCGAAGAGACUCCAUUUCCCGGAUACCUAUUCGAAAAAGUCCCGAGUCCCGAUCCAGUUCCCCAGUGAAGGAUUCCCUGGGAAUCACUGCCUCCGGGAGAAGUUCCAGAGCUAGCAUGAGUCGAUCCCCCACAAGGAUGAUGAACCCCAGCAGGACUCCCUCGAGGGAAAGUGGACGCCUAGGCGACUCCCGCUCCGUUUCAAGAGGACCACCUUCGAGACCAACUUCACGUCUGGAUCAAGUCAUCUCUCGGCAAGACAUGUCCAUCUCCAGGGGCAACUCCAGGGCCAAUUCCCGCCUGAGCAUCAACUCCUCGUCACUGCGAUCCUCCAGCGUCUCCCCAGCCACGAUGGCCAGGAACAGGAGUAUGCCCAACCGCCGAAAGUCCAUCUCGCCGAGUCCAGCCAGCUCGAUGAUGAGUCGUCGGAAAUCCAUUAGUCCUGGCGCACUGAGCCAGGCACGGAGGGGAGCGGUUACCAGUCGGGGAAAACCAGAGAAGCCAGAAGUUCUAUCCCGCCGGAACUCCCGCUCCCGUAUACCCACCAGAUCGGCCAAAUCACCACCGCAGUCCUCCUCCACCAAAAAGAGAUCCAAAUCACCGGAUAAGGCGAAAACUCCGGGCACCACGCCCAGGAGCAGCAAAGCUGGAAAGGUGGCAGCGGCCAAGGGCCAAGGAAGCCCCAAAUCAAAGCUAAAGAUCCCUGCAAGUGCCAAAGCGAAGCCCAAGAUGGAAAACUCGCAGAAGACGCCUGCGAAGCCUCUAAGGAAAACCGCAGCUGGAGCUAAGCCAUCCUCGGAGGCAAAAAAGGGCUCACCCCCGAAGGAACCUAAGGCGGAGAAAGGAAAGGAGAAGGACAAGGAGAAGACCAAGCCAGGAGCAGGCAAGAAGAAUGGAAAGGAACCGCUGGCCGCCACAAAAACUAAAACGCCACUAAACAAAAGCAAACCGGCGGGAGGAGCUGCGUCGGAAUCUAAAAAGCCCGGAGGAACUAAAGCCCAUGGCAUGGUUCACGAAAAAGGAGCAAACGGAUCAGCCCCUGCAACGGAUAUUCCUCCUCUGGCUGCCCAGGUGGGCAAUGCCGUGCUCCAGGCCGUGGAAGCGGUGCCAGCUGUAACUAGUGAAGUCCCUGUGCCCUCCACUCCUGGCGGAAAAGGAUCUGGUGGUGGCAACAUGUCCAAACUGGUGCGGAUGAGCUCUCGACUGAGUCUGCUGAGUAACAAAAAUCGGGCGGAUUCUCCGCAAAGCCGGAAAGUGGCCACUGUGCCGGAGCAUGCCAGCGAAAGUGAAGGGGGAGCUCAUGGAUCACAGCCCAUGUCCAAUGAUGCAGCCGCCAUACUGGAGAAAUCGCAAAAGACCCUGGAGACCAUUCAGAAGACCGUCACCGAGGCCACGGAUGAGAUCCAUAAGACCAUUACCGAGAAUCUCACGGAUCUCAAGAGUCUGGAAAACGACUUGACCGAAGGAGCCUCGCCUACCCCCAGCUCCACCACUAUGACAGCCAGGCCGGGUGAGUCCGCCUCUCGCACUGGCACUGCCGAUGGCAGCAUAGCUCCUCAGAGUUCCGGGGAGCUGGCCAAGUCCCCGUUCCCGCCCACACAACCCAUCGAGGCAGCAGUUUCGGUGCUGCAUCCUCCCAACGAGAGCUCCGCUGACCGGAUAUCCAGUGUGCCGGAGGCGGAGUGCGAGAGCUCGGACAUCCCUACCGCCCUGGAUGCCUCGGAGGCGGAGCUGGGUGGUCAUGUGAUGCCUACGCCGGAGAGUGGAGCUGAUUUCAAGGUGGACGCCAAGCGACGAUCGCCGGACGGGCAGGGCGGUUCCACGGCGGGCAGUGGCGGUCCGGGAAAAAGCAGCAGCCAGGAGUUCCUCGAGGAAAAGGACAAUAAUGCCAAGAAGCGCGGCCUGUGCGGCGGCUGCUGUACGAAGCUUUUUAUGCCCUGCCGCCGCUCGCGCUGCUCCCGCUGCUGCUGCCUGCCCCGAGACCGCAACUCCGACGGCAACCUGUCCGCCGAGAACCAGCCCGUCCUGUGGAGCGGCCAGAGCAGCGCCACCACAGCCACCAAUGUCCAAGUGAUUGACGAGACCAAGCCCAAGAAGCGAAGAAAGUGCACCGAGUGGCUCAAGUCCAGCUGCUGUCGGAGCUGCCGCAAGAAACCCGGGAACGCCGAGGAGGAGCAACCGGUGCGGCCGGAGCAGCAGAAGACCAACAUGAGUACGGGACCAAAGGCGAGGGGCAAGUGUGGCCUCUGCCUGAGUAAGGUCUUCUGCUGUCGCUCCGUCAACAAGGUGGAUCCCACCACUGGCGACGAGACGGAGGUGAAGAAGUGCUGCUUCUGCAUUCCCUGUCGUGGUCGUGGAAGCCGCAGCCCCAAGAAGGGUAGUUCCGUUUCCUGGCGGGAUCAGGAUCCUGAGUUGGGCAUCAAGCCGACAGAGUCCUCUGUGCUGGAAGGUGCCUCGGAGGCGGCCAUAUCCACAGCAUCCAAUGCAGCGGAUAACCAAGUUAAAGAGGGAUGUUGCAAGCGAUUCUGGUUGAUGCUGCUUUGUUGUCGCAAAAAGAAACGCCGGGAAUCGAAUGCCCGGAGGCAGAGCAUCAAGGCACCACCCGCCAGUGAGGACACCCGUAAAAAGCUUCACGUGGACCUGGUGGAGUACACCUCUAAAAUGAAGGGAGCAAUUCCAGUGUUGCCCUUGUAUUUGGCUUGGUUCUGUGCUUUUUGCAAUGUAGUCUUUCCGGGAUUGGGAACCCUCCUCUCGGGACUCUUUUGCCUGUGCGUGGGCAUACCACGAUUCUCCCAAUUCGACAGUGCUCGGGCCAGGAUUGGAUCAUUCAUAAUUAACAUCAUUGUGGCGGUGUCGCAGUUUUUCUGCGUGCUCUUUUGCUUUGUGGGCUGGGGCUGGUCCAUUUGGUGGGGCACUAUAAUGCUGAGAUGUGCAAAGAAACUGAGCAAAAUCAAAAAGGUGGAACGCUUGGAGCUGGAGGAGGAGCAGCGGCAGGCGCAACUGGCGGCCACGGCAGCAAGGAACGGCGAUGCCGAGGCGGCUCCGGCCGCCGCCGUGGCCAAGACAUAGUCCUCCGAUACCGGAUACAAAUAAGAUGCUUUUAUACCCAGAAAUUGUGUACAUAAUUUUGUACAAAACCCUGUAGAAUUCCACUUUCAUACGCGCACUUCCACAUGAAGAACUUCCAAGUUAAGCUAAAACGCAACGGAAACUUCCCUUGAAAAACAAUACAUGAUUGUAUAAUGAAUUGAAAUCAUUAAACUUCCACUAAAC